AUGCGAAACAUACGACGCUUGAUUUAUUUCACAGAAGCCAUUAUUACUUUACAAUCGAUGCUAGUACACGGAGGCGAUUGCGAAAAGAUAUAUGCUACAAGCGUAACCAUGAGGAGUUUAGAAGAUACCUUUUGGGAUGUUCGGAAACGUAGAAAGUUAAAUGAUUCUAGAAUACACAAACCUGACUCAUUAAGGCCCUCUCAUGCGUAUUUAUGGGGGGCACACCCAGGUUUUACGUGCCACCUGUCGGAGGUAUCAUCCUCUUCAAGUGGUUUUUCAAAAGUAUCACGAAGUGAGGGUUCCAUUUCGUCGGUCAGCAGUAGCGGUUUUACGGUAAUUACUUUGGAGGAGGGGGAAAUCGAUGAAAAAAAAGCCACCGUCAAACCCGCUACUGGUGUGAUUGGAACAAAGAUUGAUAAUUCUUUGGAUAUAAAAACACAUAUAGAUGCGAUCAAAAAGGAUGUAAAGCGUUUGAAAUUGCUAACCACCCUAAUAGGCGCAAGGGCAUCUAUCCCAAACCUGCUGAAUAGGGGUUUGAAAAUUAUAAAACGAUGUCAUCAAACUACUUGCGUCUUAGCAUCCGUAUAUAUGCUUCUAAAGAAAUCAGGCAAGGGAAAUGCAGUUGUGGGAAUGAUCACGGAGUGCCUCACUGAGCAAUUUGGCGUCAUAACAGCCCUCCAUGCACAAAUGCUUAAUAACGACGGCGAUGAUGGAUUGAAGUGGAUUAUAGAGGCCGCGCCUUAUUCCGUGGAUAUGUUAAUGACGAUAAUACCACACGUAAUUAACUGCACAUUGGAAGUGAAGGAGCACAAGAAUCUUGUUUUGCUCUUCGAAGCUUUGGUUCAUUCUACACUACUUAAAUGUUGCAGUGUGUCCGAUAACUCUGAGCAUGUCGCCCGAAUAUCUGCCGUCAAGUCCAUAUUUUACAUUUUAACGGCCUUGUUGCCUAUAAGUCCAGUUAUUGUGGCGCCUACAGGAGAUGCUUUACAUGGUGAUACCGAUACACACGAAAGAUCUUUUGCUAUGUUCAACUUGAUAUUAAGCGAUUAUAUUCAACACGAAGAAUUCCAAGCAUCAUCAUUGUCCCUAUACCAGUUACAGUGCACGUUAGGAAUUACUGGCCCUCGAAUGUGGACAAACGGGACAUUGUCUGGGGGCUUAGUGAGGAAGAUAACAUACAGAAUUGCAUACACGGCUGUUAUUGUAGGCUGUACGAAGCGCCAAUUCCCUGUGGGACAUGUGGAUGCUUCUAAUUACGGACUCGAUGAGGUGGCAAGGACCUUAUCUAUGCAAAUGAAACAAAACCACGCAAAAAGCCUUGGGAGCGAGAUAACGACUGACGAGGAGAUCCAACGCAUAUGGGGCAAUGCAAAAUAUUGGCUAUUGUCAUUGCUAGAGGACAACAGUGGACACGUAAGGAAUACGGCAAUUCGCAUCAUUAGGCACGCAGUUGUUACUGUAAGGUUGGCAGAGAAGGACAGACAGCACAUUCUGUCACUGGUCACCGACUGUGUGAGUGAUGCAAUAACCAUUGAAAACGCCAUGGGAGUUCUUGUAGCCGUUUCUCAUUUGUAUCCACUGAAAGAUGGUGCUGUGAGGCGAAUAUCCAAUCUGACACUGAAAGGUAGUGGUGUGCACAUCAGAACUGAAAUAAUAAGGCUCCUAGGCCAUUGUCAUUUUACGCAUAAAGGAAAGGAAACGGCGCUCAGCGUCCUCCAUAAUUUAUGCGAACCAAAAAACAACGAUGAGCCAAAAGCUAUGAGCGUCCAAUGUGCCACCAGCUCCAUUUUCAGCGAUGAUACCGAGAUACGAUUUGCCCAAGUAGAGUGGCCAGAGAUAUUAAAAACGCUCGCCAAUCUUGCACAUAAAAACGUUUGCGUGGCAUCCUCUGACUUCAUGCAUCAAUUUGUAAAGGGUGUACACUGCCCCGCUACACACUGGAUUGGCAUUAUUUUGGGAAAUGUGCCAGGUUUUGACCCAAAGCUACAUUUCAUACAUGCUCUGUUGCGUAGUGAAGCUGCCAUGAGAUUUCCCGGGAUUGUAAACAUUAAAACAACACCCUCUGAGACCAUAACGCUCGUCGAUUGUGGCAAAAUAUUCUCCGAUUUCUUGCGUUUUAGCAAACAUGCCAUCACUAUCGACUGUUUAAAGGGCAAGCUUGUCUACCUGCAUAUUCACCACUUAAGAUACAUAGGCCGAAUUGUCGACAUACAAAAGGUCAUCGAUACAAUGCAAAAUGAGGCUAAGAUGGGGACGAAUGGCGAUACGGGGAAGAAGUGCCAGUGCAUUGAUUGCGCCACAGAUAAAAUUAUAAUGUCGUCAAAACACAAGCGAGCAUUCAAAAACGUCGACGACGACAAACCAUGUUCAGCAUAUAAUUUAAUGCAAGCUGCGGAAUGCGAAACAGGUAGUGAUGAAUCCUUAAAAGCUCUGGGGAAGCAGUCGAAAGUGUUCCGAGCUCACGCCGUAUUUUCUUACUAUCGCAACUUUUCGCAACUCUGGACCGAUGAAUUAGAGGCAAUUGAUGAUGUCGACUGCAUAGCAUUCCCGUCCCACAUAGGUGCUUUGGUCGUGAGAAGUUUCCAGACAAACCUACGGAACGCUGAUAUAAUCCUUAGUAUCCGUGGUCCUACUGUGAUGGGAAUGGGACGACGGAAGGGGGCUUUGUCCCUGUCAUUUAGAAGCCAAUGUAAGCAAGGUUGCGCCAUUAUGACAAAACUUCAUAUAACACACGCAAUACCUACGGUUUACCCUAUACCAAUCAAAGUAACUGCAUUAUUACAAGGUAAGAAUGUUAGAAAGGUAAGUUACCCGAUAUAUGUCAUGUGA